AUGAUUCCAUCAUUGACGUCGCCAUCAACUAUGUCAUCUGUACGCGUGCUCAGCCACAAGCGGCGUCGUAAUGGCGACUUUGCCUUACCAAAGCCUGAAGAUGAAUACAAAACUAGCCAAAGUUUGACUGAAAGUUCUUGCACCACAUCAGGCGAGAGUUCGAGUGAAGAAAGCGAUAGCUGCUACGAAAGUGAGGAUAAUUUUGAAGAAGAAGUGACACAAUUAGCUGCCAAGCGGCGACGUCGCGCAGACUUAGAUGAACUACAAAAGUCAGUUCGUCUCAUGGAAGCACAUGUCGUUGAUGCAUCAGCGCAAUUGAAGGAUCUUGCGGCACUUGUAGCAGUUGUCGUGGCACAACGCCAGCAGCACACAUAG